AUGCCAUCUGAGAGGUGCUUGAGCGUUCAGGAAAUGCUGACAGGUCAGAGGCUUUGUCAGUCCAGCUCCCAUAAUGAUGCUGUCCUGGCAGCCCUGAACCAACAAAGAAGUGAUGGCAUACUUUGCGAUAUCACCCUUAUUGCGGAAGAGCAGAAAUUCCAUGCACAUAAAGCAGUCCUGGCAGCCUGCAGUGACUACUUCCGAGCUAUGUUCAGUCUUUGCAUGGUUGAAAGUGAAGCUGAUGAGGUGAAUUUGCAUGGUGUCACAAGCCUUGGUUUAAAACAAGCCCUGGACUUUGCAUAUACUGGACAGAUCCUCUUGGAACCAGGGGUGAUACAGGAUGUCCUAGCAGCUGGGAGUCAUUUGCAGCUGCUGGAGCUUCUCAGUUUAUGUUCUCACUAUCUCAUUCAGGAAUUAAAUAGUUUUAAUUACUUGGACCUGUAUAAGCUUGCGGACCUCUUCAACCUCACUUUGUUGGAGAAUGCAGUGGUUGACUUCUUAGUAAAACAUCUCUCUGAGCUAUUGAAGAGUCAUCCUGAAGAAGUUCUGGCACUCCCAUACUGUCUCCUUCGAGAGGUUUUUAAAAGUGAUAGACUCACUUCACUCAGUGAAGAACAAAUCUGGCAGCUGGCUGUGAGGUGGUUGGAACACAACUGCCGCUACCAGUACAUGGAUGAACUUCUCCAGUAUGUCCGCUUUGGCCUUAUGGAUGUGGAUACACUGCAUACUGUGGCUCUUUCUCAUCCUCUUGUCCAAGCUAGUGAAACUGCGACAGCACUUAUUAAUGAGGCCUUGGCUUACCACCAGAGCAUCUAUGCACAGCCAGUUUGGCAAACCAGAAGGACAAAACCUCGCUUCCAGUCAGACACUCUUUACAUUAUUGGUGGGAAGAAACGUGAAAUCUGUAAAGUGAAGGAAUUGCGAUACUUCAAUCCAGUAGAUCAAGAGAACGUUCAUAUCGCAGGGAUUGCAAACUGGAGCGAGCUGGCACCUAUGCCUGUAGGGAGAAGCCACCACUGUGUUGCCGUCAUGGGAGACUUUCUUUUUGUAGCUGGUGGAGAGGCAGAGCACUCCACCGGGCGCACCUGUGCAGUGAGAACUGCCUGUCGAUAUGACCCCCGCACUAACUCUUGGGCUGAGAUAGCUCCAAUGAAGAACUGUCGGGAACACUUUGUGCUGGGAGCAGUGGACGAGUACCUCUAUGCAGUAGGGGGCAGAAAUGAAUUGCGUCAAGUGUUACCUACAGUGGAACGUUAUUGCCCCAAGAAGAACAAGUGGACCUUUGUACAGUCCUUUGAUCGAUCGCUCUCAUGCCACGCAGGAUAUGUGGUGGAUGGUCUUCUUUGGAUAUCAGGAGGAGUAACAAAUACUGCACAGUAUCAAAACAGGCUCAUGGUCUAUGAUCCCAAGCAGAAUAAGUGGCUAAGCCGUAGCCCGAUGUUGCAGAGGAGAGUGUAUCACUCCAUGGCUGCUGUCCAAAGGAAACUUUACGUGUUAGGUGGGAACGAUCUGGACUACAACAACGAUCGGAUCCUGGUUCGGCACAUAGACUCCUACAGCAUAGAUGCUGACCAAUGGACGCGUUGCAGCUUCAACAUGUUGACAGGUCAAAAUGAGUCUGGAGUUGCCGUCCACAAUGGUAGAAUAUAUUUAGUUGGCGGCUAUUCGAUUUGGACAAAUGAGCCUUUGGCAUGUAUCCAGGUGCUGGAUGUUAGCAAGGAAGGGAAGGAAGAGGUAUUCUAUGGGCCUACGCUCCCCUUCGCUUCCAAUGGAAUAGCAGCAUGCUUUCUUCCAGCUCCUUAUUUCACGUGCCCCAACCUUCAGACUCUGCAAGUGCCUCACCACAGGAUUGGCACAAUGUGAGACAAGGAACAUGCACUUCGUAAAAUCAGAAGUGGAGGGGGGAAAAAAAUCAAACCCUGUGUAUAGAAGGGUUUCUCUGGAUGGGUGAAAAGAUCAAUCUGCACGGGCUGCUGCUUUACCUUCACACAUUUGUCUUAAAGCCGAAUCAUGGUAGGCGGGAAGGAAGCUACAAAAACUGUCUGCAGUUUCUCUCCUCUGCCUCAGAUGUAGAAACAUAUACAUGACAGCGUUUGGCGUUUCUGCUGGUGACUACUCGCUACCUGUCUCUACUUCAUCUCCUUAUGCAAGUUCGUAAAGCAUUGUGAAUGCUCUCAGCUCCUCAUGGGCUGCUGCUCUUUGGAGUCUGCACGUUCCGUUGUUCACCAAUGGCACUUUCAAAGCUGAUAAAGCUGUGUUUAUGUUGACAAAGAUGAUAUAAUACUAUGGUAAUUAUGCAACUUACUCAAUACCUUUGGCAAAAAAGAGUAACAAAUGUGUUGACUUCCAAUUCCAAACUCACAUCGUUUACAGGUUCUCAUUUAAUAAUACUUCAUUUGAAAUUUAAAUACUGCAAAGCAGAUUAAAACAAAAAUAAAAAACAAACAAGCCCUAUAGCAUAUGAGGAACAGAUAAAAAUUGUCUUGGCUGAAAGACAAAGCCACCAAAGCCUCACGAUUAAACCCAAGUCUGAACUGAACGUGUUUGUCUGAGAAUCUACCGAUUAUUUGGGAUGUCAUUUACCAAGGUCUACUACCAAAUAAAUGUUACCUUCUGUCAUAUGAUCAAUUCCUCCUGACAGCUGCAGUCUUUUAAUGGUGGAGAUCAGCCUCUUUACUGUAUAAUUAAAAUGUGCCAUUUACUUAAUAUUUUUAAUAUUCAGUUUGCAAAGGGUCACCA